AUGACGAGGCGUAAGAACCACCGUCGAGCUCGCCAAAAGCAAAUUCUCCAAGAUUCUUGUCUUACACUGGAUAAAUCAAAUGAAAAUAUUGAAAUUGACUAUCUUGACCAAAGUUUGGGAGUAGAUCAUGAUACACCAGAUCCAAAUCUAAGGACUCCUGAAGCGGUGAUGUGUAAUUCCCAAAAUUCGACUGACCCGUUGCAUUUUAAGGAUCUGAGUCCAAAGUUAAUUGGAAAAAUUUCAAGAUCCAAAUUUGACCUUGAAAUACCAGAUUGUGACACCAGACAAAUAUUGAACAUGGAAUCCAUCAGAAAGCUCGACAUAAGCUUCAAAAAUGUGAUAUCAGAGACGCAACGUUGUGACGAUACUUCCUCCAUGUUGAAGGAUAUUCAAGUUGAACAUAGUCAUACCAAUCUCGAUAAUUAUCUAAUGAAUAAAACUGUAUCUCUUGACUCUGCUGUGAUAAUCGAAUUAGAAGCCGAAGGCGCAGCAAGGUCUGAAACGCAUGACAACAUUGUCAAUAAUACGCAAAAAAAUAGCAUAACUCUUACGACUUUUGAUCAGCCUAAAAAUAACGAAAUUAACGAGACUAAUGACCGCUUUAAUUUCAAUGAUCUGAACAAACAAAGUAAUUCUGAUACAUGUAUCUUGGAAAAAAAUAGCCCUUUGAGUUCAAAGAGUUGCCAAACGAAUUCUUCAGUGAAUAGAUGUUUUAGAUUUGAAUGUAACCAAGGGGGGGAAUAUUCAGAAGCUGAUAAAAUGUUGCUGAAAGUAGAUGAGAAUUGGUACAGAAAGAAACAAAUAUUUCCAAGCAUGGAACAAUUAGACAUUCUGCACACACAAUCUGAACCUGGACCGUUGCCAACUAAUUAUAUAAAUGACAAAGCUAGUAACACAAACUUGUGUGACCAAUUUAAUUCACAGUCAACAUAUUAUGACAAUGGAGAUACUUACUGCUGGUCAAAUGCGGAUGGAGAUGACGCAAUCAAUUAUUCGAGAAGUAGCUCACCGCCAGCCAAAAGGAGUCGAACAGCAUUGCAUUUUGAAAGUGAGAACAAGCCAAAAACAUCUAUAGCUCACCCCCCAAAUUUAAAAUUUCAAAGUAAACCGAUUGCUACGGAGCAGGAUGACAGUGAAUAUACUAUAGCUCUGAAAAAAUACUGCAGCAGUUCCUCGUGCUCACCAGCAUCUGUUGACUUGCCAACAGUAUCAGAUUUGAAUGCAAAAGUGUCUGCGUCAGAGAUAGAAUCCCAGGAGCUCCAUUAUGCCAAACCACAUCCAGACUGUAAGUACUGCCUUCGAAUAGCACAACCUCCGGCAGUGCAAAUAAGAGCUGUAAUAGUACCUUUGACCAAAAUUACAGAGUUUUGUAUAUGGAUUACAAAAAAAUUUGUUGAAUUACUUAGAAAGGGAUGGGUAUGGCUCCAAAGUAUAGCUGCAACCAAUGUACGAAAACCUGAAAGAAAUGACUCGGAUGAAAUAGUUGACAAGUUGACUCAAUUAGUCACGACGAUAAGAUGUGAACACGAACAAUCAAUAUCAAUGUUAAGUGAAAAAGUAACGCAACUUACAGCAGAGCUGAAUCAGGUUCGAAUGCAAAGUGAAGUGGCAUUCUCAGUCUUGACCACAGAAGUUACUGGCAUGCGCGAAACCAAUAUUAAUCUUGUGCAAAACAACACGAUUUUAUCAGAUCAAUUAAAGUCAAUAAACAGUACGUUGGAGUGUACACAUGUGAAAUCAUCCUUACCACCACCGCCACCUCCGCCACCUCCACCACCUCCACCACCACCAUUACAGCCAAUAAUACCCACGACACCAAAGAGUAGCAGGAGACUCAAAACACCCACUAGAAAGUGUUCUACUCCAUUACAUCAGAGCAGACCAGCUAUUACAGUAGAAGAUUUGUUGAAAGUUACUUUGAAAAAGGCAGCACCAUCAGCCAAGGAAAACAAAUUACACAAACCUGUACACCCUCGUGGUCCAGCAGUCUCGCUGGACAUGCUACGUAGUGUGAAACUAAGAUCGGCAAGACGUAGAUCAAUUGACAGGAGUUCAAAAUCACCAAGAAGUACAUCACUGUCAACGAGAGCACGUUCUCUCACACCUAUCAGUUUGUCUCCGAUUAUGGCAGGGAUAGAAAGUCCAUUGGGUAGAAUCCUUCGACAGGUGGACAUCAAUAAACGAGGACCAAAGCGGGCUUUAUCCAAUUCAAUGUACAGUGAUGUGGAAUUGUCCAAGAACAGUCCCCGCAAUCUCAGCAUAGUAAAACACAGUAAGUCUGACUCAUUGAUGAUAUAAUGCCAUACAAUUUUUUGAUCAUAUUAUGACUGUGAACAUAUGAAAUUAGUAGACUAAAAUAUAAAUGCUCAAGUGAAUCACACUUGAGAGACCAGUGACCUGAUCUAGUUUACCAGAAUUAAGAGUACAGCAAAUUUUACUGAAAGAUAUUGUGAGAAGAUUAUUAUACAUGUAUAAAGAAAAAAAAUAAUUCAAAAUUUUUUUGGAUGAACAAAUAACGAAUUUUACGAAACAUAAGUAAGCAAAUAUGAUUUAUAUGAGAUGUUCGAAAACAUUUUUCAGAUAUUAACUCAUGUAUAAAAUUAGAAGAUUAGAAUUAGCGACCUGGUCUGGUUUACCAGUACUAAGUGUACAGAAAAUUUUUUAUUUCAUGACAACGGCUCAUGCCAAGUUUGUUACUGAAAAAUAUUGUGAGAAGAUAUUUAUAAAGAAAAAAUUAUUUAUGUGUAAUCAAGAUACUAGCAAGAUGAUUCGAAAAUUUUUCGGAAGAACAAAUAACGAAUUUGACGAAACUUAAGUAAAUAAAUAAUAAUCGAAACAUGGUGUUACAGAAAAAAUGGAGACAUUAACCCGUGUAUAAAAUUAGAAGUUAUUCUGUAAUUUACUUAACUUGUGAAGUAUGUGUACUUAUUUGAAUUCCGUGGAAGAUAUUUAAUUGUAUUAGAUAUCAAAUUUUGUAUAUAUUUAUAUUAAACUGAAAUAAGUUACCUCCUUUCGUUUUAUAAACAAGAAAGGGCGUUUCUUCUUUUUGUGUCAAUCAGAAUCAACAAUGCAGAAUCACUUAUAUUAUACAAGUAGACUGUUGAGUUUUAGAAAAUUUAAAUAAUCUGUGAUAAUGAUACCACUGAAACCCGAGACACAUUCGUUUAGUAUCAGAUGUGAAUUUGUAUGUCCUUUUAUCAUGUAAUUGCAGAUAAACAUCCUCGAAUAAAUGAUGUGAUAAUAGCACGAAUGAUAUUUCAGUCAUGUUGAUUAUAUCAAAAUAUAAUGUGACAGUUAUAAAUACUUCAACUUCAGAUUAUGUCUACUUUUAAUAUUUCGAUACACAAUACAAUGAGUGAGUUGGAUAAAAACAAGAGGGAAAAAUAUCUCCAUAUUAUAUUAGGUGAAUCAAAAUUCCAGACACCUAAACUUACUUCAUCACCUUGGAAUUUCUGCGUUUGAACAUCUUGAAAUUAGCAAAAUACAUAACAACGGACGAUAGUAAUGAAAAACAAAAAGAUAAUGAGCAUUUAAUUACUACUAGUUUGAUUCAAUUCCAACUUAAUUCUCUGUCACCUACACAUAUACAGUUAUAGAUAUGUCCAUGGUCUAAAUUGAAUUUGGUUAAUAUGAUUGGGCUGUUACUGAUACAUCAUAAAAGUACCUGUAUAUGACACAAACACCUUUGAUUUCAGCAGAGAUAGCAAAUAGUUUCAAUUAAGAUUAAAUCAUUAGUUGCGAACCUCAGUACUUCGCAAGUCUACAGUAUUGAAUUAUUUCCAUCGAAAUUCAAUUAACAAGCCACAAAAUAGACAGUAAUAAUGACUUUAUUUUCAGUUUUCAUGUGUGGCUUUACAGGAAAAGUCGUAAUUGGUGUAUUGUAUUAAUUUCCUAAUACAGAGUGAACGCAUGCGAAUUCCAAAAUAUGAUUUACUGAUUCUAAGUGUUUAUCGAAUUGCGUGUGUGUGUUGCCUACAUUGUCAGCAUUGGCAUUUGUCUUAUUUUCACGUUAUUUUUUUAAAUGUCUUGUUUUUAGAUUCAAUAAUUAAAUACCCCGUGGUAUUUCCAUAAUUUUACAGUAUAUAACGUUUCACUAUUGCAAAAGUUAAUCUUAAUUACUUCAAUCGGCUCCUUGUACAAUUAAAAUUAUUAUUAAUAUACUUACUUAUGGUAUUAUCAAUAUUAUUUAAUGUUAUUCUUUGUAAUAUAUUUAUAAUAUAAUUAAGAAUUAAUAUUACUGCUAUAAUACUUAAAUGUAGGGGCACGCCACACACCAAUUUCCACAAAUUGUUUCUCUUUCAAUUUUAUUUUAUUGUUUCUUUUAAGCAUGCCCGGUGUCCGUCUUGCAAGCGUACGCUCAAUUCAAACUCUUACAGAUUUUACGUAAGUAAAAGUAUAUGAGGAACAAGAGAUAUUGUGGUACUCUCCAUGACAUUUUAUGAUCAACGAAUGCAAUACAAUGAAAAGUUUACCAUCAGAUGUUUCAUGCAGGAUUACCAGACAUCAGCUUCUUCACAGAAAUACCUGAUAUUUACGUAAAA